AUGGUGAAUUCAAAUUCCCAAACCCCUCCUGAAGAUCUAGAAAAGAAGAUUCUUUUACGGUUGCCUCUGAAAUCCUUGGUGAAACUCAUCCAAGUCUCAAAGAAAUGGGCAUCUAUUAUCCGUGGGGAAGAAUUCAGACGUGAGUACUUGCUCCGAUCAAUGACAAGACCUCGAGUGAUGCUAAUGGUGGAACGAAUGACAUCCCUCCCACACGAACCUAAGAUGUCGUGGUUUCACGAUGUUUAUGAAGAGCAAAGACGUAACCCUGGCUCAGGCGAAUAUGAGGUGUUGUUUCACUCUGUUUAUCAAGAGAAGAAACCAUCUUUGUCCUCUGGUCAACAACAGUUACGUAUUCCUUUUGAGAAAGUCGGUUCUAAUAUUUCUCAACCUAUACGAGGUUUGACAUGUCUUCAUUUAGAUACUAAGGUUGCGAUUUGCAAUCCCGGUACCAAAAAUUAUCGUAUUUUACCGGAGAUCCCAGCACUUGAAGAUGAAGAGUGGCGCGAAUCUUCCAUAAAAUGUUUUUUUGGAUACGAUGAAGAUACGAAUGUAUUCAAGGUGUUGUGUAUUAAGACGAGGAACCUGUCCUCUAUACCAAUUAACGAUUGUCAUGUCUUGACGGUGGAAUUGGGUGCAGAACCUUCUUAUUGGAGACGGAUCAUAUGUAAUGAUGAUCAUUCACCAGUUACUGAAGCACUAUUUAAAGGAGGUUUCUUGUACUAUGGAGCUUGGUCUAGUACUGGCAACAAUUUGGUAGUGAGGUUCAACGUGACGUCUGAAGAGUUUACCGUUUGGGAACCGUCUGAAGAGGUUCAACGUGAUGCUGAUUUCAGUUUUCCACGUUGGAAAUUCGUGAUUUACGAGAAAGACAUUGCCCUAGUAGAUGACUUUGCUUUUUUCCCUGCUGCUGAGAUUGAUCGGGAUGGGACUAACGUUUUCCCUAUAUUGGUUAUAGAUGAAAUUUCAGGAGACUUUGAGAGAAAAAUCAUCAAGAUUCAUGGUUGGCAACAAAAAGUUGGAGAUGAUGUAUUUUAUUUCAAAGGUACCAUUGGAACAGGAGAACUUGUUUUCGCACAAUGCUCUGGUAUGGACGGCCUUAUGCCUGGGGCAUCAUUCUCAGUCUUGUAUUACGAUACAAAAAAAUUUCUCAGAAGAUCUACGAUUGAAGCAGUGGCUGGAGAACAUAUUCUUGAAGCUCGAACCUUCUUGGAUCAUGUGGACAGUACUUGGCUUAUGUGA